GGUAUGUCUUUUUCACGGGGUAUGUCUUUCUGAUAGAACAGGUCGCUGUAGCUCGGGUACGAGCGGCGGUAGUGCGGCAUGCAGGAACUCACUGUGCUUCCGCUUCCUGUUGUUGGCAGUAUCAGUACACAGAGCGGCAGCAUGGCUCCGGAGCGGGAGCAUGGCUCCUCCAGUGAGGGGGAAGAAGAGGCGCCCGAAGAACUUACAUUCCAGACCGCAAAGAGCCAGGCGUUGGAGAGCGCCAGGAAACGGCAGCAAGAAGCCAGACGGUAAUAAUAGCUAAUAGCUGGGAACCAUAACUCGCUAUAAUACCCCCCACCUCUCCCCCCCACAAUGGCAGAGAUACAGUAACCGGUCACUGACCCCCCACCUCCCCAACAUCAGUGAUAGAGCCUGGCAGACAUUGACCAGUCACCGACCCCCUCCUGUGGCAGUGAUAGAGCCUGGCAGACAUUGACCAGUCACCGACCCCCUCCUGUGGCAGUGAUAGAGCCUGGCAGACAUUAACCAGUCACUGUAUCUGUUGUAUUCCACAUGGCAUUCAUUUUAUUUACAUUGUGAUGUUGGUCUGUGUGUACAGUUGAUAAUUCUGGAGUUAAAUGUGACUCAGUCUCUUUUGUAAACCAAUUUUAUGUUUUGGGCUAAUUGUGACAAUCUUGUAGAUUGUAAAUAUUUUUUGCACAACAGACUUUAUAUGUUUUAAUAUCUAUAUCCGUAUUAAAAUCGUGCGUGGUGCUGCUCAACGUCUAAUGUAUCCACCAGUUUAUAAUUUUACCUGGGCAAUCUGAGCACCCACAUCGCAUCUAGUCUUUUUCUGAAGGACAAGCCCGAUGUUUCUUUAGAAGAUAGCACAAAUAAUCCAGGGCCACAUUCCGUUGGCUGAGAGAACUCAUCUGGCAAUUUCAUUCAAUGAGCACAGUCCUGCGUGGCCUUGCAUAGAACUACAGGGUUAGUUGGCUUCUCUUGCUGGAAAAGACCAAAAUCAAGGGCUGCAGUCACUGUAUUUGUCAUCGAAAGCGCUGCGGAAUUCGAUGGCGCUAUAUAAAUAACAUAAUCCAGGUAAGUUGUCAAAUCUUAAUGUAACGGUUUGACUUCUUCCCAUGGGAUGCUUCUGCAUUUGUGCGAACAUAACCACUACAGUGGGCUCUAGUGGUUAUGGGACCUCAAGUGUUACUUUAAUUCAGCAGAUGGUAGACAACAAUUUAAUUACUACCACAUCUUUUAUACUCUCCAAAAUAAUUACAGCAUGGCAGUGUCUGAUUCCUCUGCAUGAUAACUGCUUAAGAGAAAUGUAUGGAUUUGGGUUGUCAUUGGAUGUAGCAGAUGGCACUGGGCUGUCCUGCAAAUGUCUGUGAAAGAAAUGCAUUCGUGUGAUCUGUUAGUUUCCUAUGUGUUCUAAAGCCUUGUAUUCUUGUGAUUGUUCGGUAGUUUCGUUCCCUUAGUUUAUUCGAAUGAAACUACCGAACAACCAGACCUCCCCUGUGUGAAGUGUGUCCUCAAUUACCCGUUGCAACAUUGUUGCGAACGGGUAAUUGAACAGUAAGUAGCCGUCCUUUGUUCUCGGGGGUGGCCGCCAUUCGACAAACGAACACGUGGCGGCCAUUUUAAAACUCCCGAACAGCGGUGUUUAGCCGUCGAGUGUCUGGAACUAAAAUCGGACACUCGAGUAGGCGAACACCGCUGAGACCUCCACAGCCCUGGUCCGUUCGGUUCCAAACUACCGAACGGCCCCUCGUUCGGUAGAUAGAGAAUACCGAACGAGGGGAUUCAGGCGAACCCUCCCUAGCCUCUAUAGCUAGAGGUUUUCGUGUAUUUUAUUCCCUUAUGCCAGGACCGACCGCAGGGCCCAUUCACAUGGAACCGAAUUCGGCUAUCUCAGUUCGUGCGGUCGGUCAUUUUAUUCCCUCCAUACUUUUCCCGAACCCCUGGUCUGAUCUGGGUGGUUUUUGGAUAUGUUGUUCACCCAGAUCAGGGCUACCAGGGGAUGUAGGAUUUAAAGAGGUACCCCUACGUUUAGGGGUACAUCCAGAAACGGGGGGAAUUGGUGUACUGGAUAAGGGGAUUAUGAUGCUGGCGGAGGGGAGGAGAUGUGUGGGAGGUUACCAGGACAGGAUUGGCUACUGUAAUAAUUACUGUAAUCCCUCCCUUGCAUGGGAGCAUGCUUUAUAAGGAGACUGUGAUUAAAGGCUUGUCAGUUCUGCUCCUGAAACUGUGUGUCGUCCAGUUAUUGGGAUUGCUGUGGGGAAGUUGCUGUUAUUUUACCUGCUGGAAACUUUGCCUAUGGAUUUAUUAUUUACUUGUUCCUGAGCCUCACUUGGAUUAUAAGCGGAGACAACCUGGGGAAUAUUGCAUCUCCGCUACAUUGGACGUUUUCUAUUACUUUUUGUGGGCUAUUAUAAUACAUGUUCCAUGGAGCCUGCUUACAACUCAUUAAUAAGUUAGUGGUUCAAAUUUGAAAUUACGCAAUGGUGGGAUAAAGCGGCUCUUUCACCAAUAACAUAGCCAUGGGGGGCAGGGAAAGGUGGGAUUUACUAACAUAAAUCUGCCUAUGGAGAGUCCAUAAGACCCCUGCAUCCUCCAUAGAAAGAGAUUUGUUUGUUUUAUUUUUUCUCUUCCCCUACACUUUUCACUAGUGACAGCUAGGGUAAAUGAUAAGCUUGUCAAAAGCUUUUUGUUGAGCAGAUGAAAAAUACUGCAACAAAGUAGUAACUACUUUUUCUCCCUAGAUCUUUUGACUUGGUUUGCCUUUCAGUGAAAUUCCAACACAGUCAAUCUGAGUAUUUCAUAAAGAUUCAAUCGUUAUGAAAUGCUCAUUUUUGAUAUGGGGGUGUCAGAGCCGUUUUAAACAUUAGGAAUUAUGUAUAUUUUGUUAUUGUUUUUCAUAGGUUUUCAAACUAAAAACAGUACACAAAAAAAAUGAAUCUGUGUUUUGUAUUGUUUCACAAUAUAGCGGUGGACAGUUAUUUUAUGUCACACCUUUUUCCAUAGAAAUGUGCACAUGAUUUGGCUCUUUAUUGACAGCCGUUUUUAAAUGAAAAAUGCUUUUUAAUACCUUUAAUAAUUGUUUGGGGUAAGAGUUUUAUUGCUAAAGCGUGCGGCAAGCCGGUAACAUGACCCUUGUAUAUAAAUUAUGUGUAUUUUCUCUUUGAUAGAGAAAAAGCCCUGUUAAAAGAGAAGAGGAAACUUAAGGAAGAAAGGUUUAAAGAACAAAAGGUAUGUUCUUAAAUUUGAGUUUAUGAACUGGUGCAUUACCUUUGAACAGUCAAGUGUGUAUUUAAAUUAAUAUUCCGUGUGGGGCUUUCACUUUUAGAGAAGUAGCUUGUUCAUUAAAAUCAGUGUUUUCAGUGUGUUCUGAUUUGCACACUUGUUCUGGUUUUCAUUAAUUCUACAUUGUUGCUGCAAAUAAUGAAGUGCUAAUGUUUUUAGUUGCACAUUGUCAAUAAACUUUUUUAAAAUUCUUUUUAUUUUCUGUAGAAAAGGAAAUUGCUCUCCAUAGAAAUCCUUCAGGAUUUAACUGCACUUCCAGAGCAACAGUGAGUGAAGUACCUUUUGUAAAAUGUAUUUUUAAAUCUAAAAAUGUCUCCAUUGCAUUUAUGUGCACUAUUUAGGUAUGUGAUCCAUAUUUGCUAUUAAAAAAAUAAAUCUUUGCAUUUUUGUGUUGAUACUGGUUCCAAUCACCAUGUUUUUGGUUGUGAAUUGUUGUCAUAAAACUAUACUCAGUGGUGGAGUUUGGCAGUCCAGCACCGUCAUUUGGGUGCCUUGGUCUAUGUAGGGUUUCACAACCUGAACAGAGUGCCAUUUACCCACUAGUUGUGUGGAAUAUCAUAUGCACCAUACUGUGCUAGUAUUCUAUUCAACCAGUUGGCAAACUGCCUUUCUUAACCGGUUGUUUAAUAACCUCAUUCUUUUACUCCCACGUUAUAUUUAAAGGGUACUUCGGACCAUUAAUUCUUUGUAAAAUGGAAAAGGGGACACACUCAUUACACAAAGUUUGGAUUUCAAUAAAAAUGGGCACUUUUCUAAAUUAACCUUGUUACACCCCCAUGGCUUUCCAGCAUGCAACAGGCUAUGCUACUUCAUGGUUGUUUAACUCAUUGGAGCAAAAUCCAAGAAACCGCAAUAGCUCAGAGCACCGACCUUGCAAAGACUUGUCAUUGAGUUGCAUUGGGAAGUCUAUGAUUGACAACUACAGAAAGUUUGGGCUGAGGCGGAAAGGUAUCACUUAAAUAUGUUUGUUUUAUCUCCAGACUAGAACAUUCUGAAGACAAAGAAACAUUUCAGGAAGAAGGUAGGUUAGCAUUAUCUAACUUUUUUUUCCCUUUACAUUUAAUCAAAGAUAUCUUACGAACAUAAUUUUGAAAGACUUAAAGGAACACUCUGGGCACUAUAACAACUUUAUAUCAGUGGAGUCGUUAUGGUACCUGGAGGUCCUGAGUAUCAUGUUAAGAAAAAUACAGUUAUUUAACUGCAGAUUGUUUUGUUAUAGAUGAUAGUCAACCAAAAUCUCAAACCAACAAGAAGCUUGAAAAGAAAUUGCGUCCUAAAAAAAGGUAAUGUGGUCUUUGAGUACCUGCCUUACUUUCUCUCAUAAUUGCAUAGUGGUGCUGAAUAUGAUUGCACUUUAUAAAUUCUAGUAGUAAUAAUUUAUAUGCUUUUAGGUAACCGUCACUCUAGCAUUGUUAUUCACUAAAGUGAGAAUUCAAAGUGAAUUUAAAAUGUAUGGCCAAGAUAGCCAAACUGGGAAUAUCGUCUAAGCUUUCUGUGGUUUUCAUUCCGUUAUCCAGGCUAUAAAUGUAAAAGUCCCAUGUUUAGAGGGGCCUGCAUCAUAGAAUAGAACAAUGUAACCCAUGUACACCUGAAUGAGUCCAACUAUUCUGGUUGUCUGAUAAUGCUUUAUUUUUGUAUAGACAUCUUCCCUUUUAAAUAAGCUUGUGAACACAGAGGUGUCCUCUCACUCAACCACAAUAACCCAUUUGUUACUAAAGUUUGUACAAUCGGCUGACAGCAGUUUCAGUUAUCUUUUUAGGUAUUGUCUUUAUCCUUUUUUGUACCAUACAUAAUGGCACAUUGAUAAACAAAAUGAAUAUUUAUAAUUUGUGAAGUGGUUGUAUAAAACUGGCCCAUUAAUCUUUAUUACAUUACUUUAGUGAAUAAUUAUGUAAAUCUUUCAAAGAGAGGAAUACAUUGAGUCACUAAUUUGUUCUUAGGUGGUGGUAUUUUGAGAACAAGUUGAAAUGUGCCGAUCCAACAGAGGUGUGGUAAAUACUCAUUGUACCGCUAUCCUUCACUGCCUUAUCUUUUUACGUACUUUACAAAAAUAGUAAUUUAUUUGAGCAUUAAUUUGUGAAUAUUUAAAAUAAAACCUUUGGUAUGGCACAGACAAUUUGUAUGUUCCCUUGUUGUCCAUAUGGGGCAUUAUCUCUUUUGAGGAGAUUGGACAAAACGUUUCCAUUGAUAAAGCCGAAAGAUCUGAAUAUGUACGUGUUGUGCAAUGCAUGUGUUAAGAAUUAUUUGAACUGCCUUUUAAUACAAGACCAACAAAUACCGUACUGACUCAACUGUCCGCAAAAGUGAGUCACACAAAGCCAACCGGUAACACGUGCUAUUCCUAUUUGGUAUCUUCCUACCCAUAAACUAAUUUUAUGAUUCAAUGGGAGACAGAGUUAGCAUUCUCUUUUGAAAUUAUAACCUGGUAUAAGGUCUUGAAUACUCUUAAAGGUAUUACCUGUUGUACAAACCCUCUAGAAAAUCAUACAAAAAUUGUCUACAGACAAUUCUCCAGAUGUCUUGCAAAAAUGUACUCUGGCACAUCAGAUUUUUGCUGGAUCAGCAGGAACCAUCGCUCCUGAAGAUCUAACCAUUUUUUGGAUUACAUAGGCAAAAUAAUACAAUCGUUCCUCUGCUUGGACCAUUUGACUCCACAAAUGUGGCCUCCAGAGUUCCUAAAAUUCCCAAAUUUUGAUAAAGCUUGUACUCUAAAAUUGUGCUAUUGGACGUCUGGUACUAUACCUUCUAAAAAAAAAUGUGAUAGGCUAUCAACUAGGAAUAGACCAAUAACUAUAGCCUAUAUUCAGCAUUUUACAGAUUAUCGGUAUCAGCCCUGUAAUUUACCAAUUUUACCAGAACAGAUAUCCCUUGUAUUGAGAAAAGCUGUACGUAAAUCCUCCAGGAUUUUUUUUUAGCAGACAAAUAACCAGAAUGGGAAAAGGAAAUGGUUUUAGCUUCUAGACCAUACUACCUUUUUUAAUUCUAUCUCCCACCAUACUGCAAAUAACCUUUCUCCAAGGCAUGCUCAUGGCAAACAUUAAAAUUGUUCCUCCCAGGAGAAGGUAAAUUCUUAUACGAACUCCCUCUUAUUAAUUACAGACUUCAAAACAACUAUAAUGUAGUGCGCCUGGAAGAUUACAAUCUGCUAAAUGUGCAGGAAGAGAAAGCAAAAACAUUUAUUCAGAAGACGUUGUAUGGGAAAUGGAAGAACAGGACAACAGGUAAACAGCUGAAUUUUAUUUAUGUAUUCUUACUAUAAUAAUAUUUGGUCUAAACUCAGCAAUGAUUUAAGUGAAAAAAAAUAAAUAAAAAAAAAAUUAUAUAUAUAUAUAUAUAUAUAUAUAUAUAUAUAUAUAUUUUCCCUUCAGAUUAGAGGCAGUGCUUUACAACUGGGAUUUCAUCACCUGAAGAAAAGGCAGGCAAUCUCCCAAACCUUUGAAGAACCUCCACCAAUUAACAUUUGGCCUUAUAAAUUGCUUCCUACCCAAGACAUCCCAGGAGGGUGUCAGGUUCAGGUUUUCUCCCUAGAAGUAUGGUGAGAGGGCUGAGGCGCUGGAGGCUCUACUUCUUUUAAAUAAACUUUUCAGAGAUCAGCCAGGGAUAACACACCAGGUGGCUGUAUCGCCCCGGGUUGUAUUACUUCCGUCUAUACCGUGCCAGGCAGACAAUGGUGCGCAUUUGGGCACUAGCUUCGAAGUCCUGGUGGUGAAACACUCGUACAGGUUACUUUUAUUCCCACCGUGGAAUCACGAAAUGCAGGACAUGCGUAAUGCGAUUUUAAAAUUCAGGCGCCAAUAUCUUUAUUUUUUUCUCUCUGGGGUCAAGAUGUUGGUUUCCAGGUCUUAGAGAGGCUGUUUACCCAGCAGCAACUAACUGUUGCCAGGUGCACUCAGAAUCUGUUGCAAGUGUGUUCUCACCAACCUCCAACACACUCUGAGGACAUUUAAGGUAAGCCUUUUUGCUUUAUCUUAAAUGACUCUAGCCUGAAUAAGUUAAUUAUCUGUGCUGCAAGAUGGAUAAGCUAAAAAAAGUGCCAAUGUUUUUAAGUUGGAGAGUUUUUAGCUUCUCAUCACUUAAAGAUUAUUCCUAAAAUCUUAAAACAACUGGUGCUUUAAAAGUGUAAGCACUUAGUAGAUCGGACCCAUAAUAGAUUCUUUGGUUUUCUUCUUUUAAAAAUAGGUUAUUCUUUGAGUAAAGCCUAUAAAGGGUAUUAGAUAAGAAUAUACUUUUACAUAAUUCUGUUGGUAAAUUUAAGUUUCCUUUCUGGCUCAAAAUAGCUGCUACACAGUGAUUAGUUAAUAUGGGUCUCAACAGUCGAUCUAAUUGCUGCAACAGGCUCAGUAAUUAAGUGAAGUGUUCCAGUGGAAUAUAUUCACAGGAGCAAGACCCGUAUGACCAUUGGAGGAUUAUCCUCUGUAUGUUAUCCUUAGGAGGCUAAAAUUUAAUAUCUGGUUUUGGUUAAGUUAAUAUACUGUUGUAGCAGAUGGAUUCUUUAAAUGCCAGGAUCCUAGCCGCAGUGUUUAUUUUCUUAAAACAUGCAGUAGGCUUUUAGCAAUUGCUGUAGACAAAGCUCUGUUGCAAUUAGCAUUCUAACCACCUCAACUAGUUUCACCUGAUAUCGGUUUCUAAAAAGGCAGUCUGUUUUUCAGCUGGGGCAGAACUUUUCCUGUGCUUCACUCCAUGGUUGCACAUUUUAUGUUUUGUCUUAAAUUCCAAGUCCUAUGUCAGUUACAAAGACAGGUUUGAGUUAACUGACUGUUGGAAUGGCAUUUUUAAAGAAAAUGCUUCCUAAUAUUGGUUCCUGCAGAGUCUGCAUCAAACAAGUUGAAAUGCAGUUGCAGAUAUUCUUUCUGCUCUAGCCUCUGAUUCCCAAUUACGGUUAAGGAAGGCCUGGAUCAUGGGUAUUGUCUUAUGCAGACAAUAUGAGAUAAGUUAAGGAAUAAACCAAUUAUCUCCAGAGAGAGAGCACAUAAUUUCCCCAAAACUUAGAACACCCCUUUCCCCACAAGGUAUCCCCACAAAUUACAUAUCCCCUGAUAGCCCCGAUCGGUUCAGGGGUUCUGAAAAAGUGUGGAGGGUCCCUUUUACCGACCACACACGCAGCUCCUGCCCAAGAAUUCAGCGCGUGCGGUCGGUCAAUUCACAAAACUGAAAAAAACGAAUAAAAGAAUGGAUCCCCUGGCUCAUAGUAGCGAUUGCUCCCCUUGUCCGUUCACACAGAACUACCGAAUGAGGCUUUCCUGGCUGUUCGGGAAGUAUGAGAAACCGGCGUUCGGUAGUUCGUGAGGUCAAGUGUCUGAUUUUAGUUCCAGACACUCGACGACCAAGUCCCGCUGGCUCUCCUUGUGCGAACAAGAUGGCCGCCAUUUUCUUUUCCACGUGGCGUUCGGUUAUACGAACAGCGGCCGCCCAGGGAGCACUUAAUAGCUAGUUGUCUUUAAAGUAAAUGAGCCAGGAGGGUGGUCGGCGUUCGGUAGUUUUUUAUUUUUUAUUUUCUUCACACUUUUUCCAGAAGAUAAGCGGCAGUGCUCACUCCCCCCCCCCCCCCCAACCAAAUUUUUAUUAGUCUGAGUGGUACGGUUAUUCAGCUUUUGUAAUUUCUGGGGUUGUCUUUGGUAGGAAGUGAUUUAUAAGGCCAAAGGUUAAUUGGGGGAGAUUGCCUGCCUGUUUUUUCCCUCCAGGUGAUGAAAUCCCAGUUGUAAAGCACUGCCUCUAAUCUUCUGGAAAAAUAAAUUUAUGGUAAGUAAAAAUUGUUUUUGUUUUUUUCCCCAUUAAAUCUGAAUCUAAACCAGAAACUUGAUUGCAAUUCAAUUUGUCUAGAUGUGUAUUUUGGCAAUGAACGAACUUAAUUCCUCCCACUAAUUAUCAUUUUUCUUAUUAUUUUAACAGCCAGUGAAUUUUUCUCUGUGUCAAGCAAAAUAGGUGAUGUUAAGAGGCCAGCGGUACAAUUUACCGACAAUACUUGGGGUAUGUAUUUUGUAGAGGUUGUGUUUUUUAUUUUUGUGUUUUUUAGAAUAUUUGAUUCUAAAAAUUCCUCUUGGUUUUAAUAGUACUAGUUUCUAAAUACAUCUAAUCGCUUGUUAAAUGGACACACUUGAGUACUUGAGCAGCAAACGUCAUAGAAUAUCUGGUAGAAGGAGCCAGUUGCCAAUCCUGCUAUUCAACCAUUGCCUGAGAGUGCAGAGUAUCAACCAUUAGCUGAGUGCAGAGUAUCAUUCCUUAAAUGUUGCACAUACUGGGUCAUUCUACCAUGACCACUUCAAAACACUAAAGUGGUCAUGGUGAGUGGAGUAUCCCAAGUAAAAACGUGUAGAACUAGCUCCAACUUCAAUGUCCAUUUACAAUACUGAAAUCCACUAUGUGUGCAGUAAUCAUGAUUUUUUGUAUUGUGUGGUCAUCAUUAAUACAUGAGCAUUGAUGAAGUAUUAUUAGUAUGACAUCCUUUUUGCAUAGUUCAAUGGGAUGGCACUAAUUUUCUGAUUAUCGGUUAGUUAUUCAGCAACGAAGAGAGCCUGCAAUCUGCUCUCCAUGAGGUGGACUCCCAAAAGCCCCUUGCUGUUGCCACCAAGCACUGCUUGUGUGAUAAGCUUAGAAAAGCAGUCUGAACACUGUAUGCACUACAGCUCAUAGAAGUGGUGAUGGUACAUGUAGUCUAUUGACGUCUUCCCUCAGUUUUGUGUGAAACCAUUUGACUAAACUGGAGGUUCUUCUGGCACCUGUGCUCUGGCCGCUCAUGUUUAGCCCUGUACUGCAAAGUGUAAAUGCACCAUUAGGAGUACAGCAGCUCAAAAAUUGAACAGCAGAUACCGUCUGUUGCCUACUAACACCAUAACAAUGACAAAGCCAUAGUGGUUAUGGUGCUUAGACUACUCCUUUAAGUGAGUAUUAUUAAAUAUUAGAACCCUUUUUUUCCUGAGAGAGAUUAGUUUUAAAUGGUGAGAAAAUAAAUGUAAUGUAAAAACUAUGCAUUAUGGUGAAAGGAGUGUGCAAUCCAGAGUAAGUAGUCAAACCAUUUAAGUGCAGUUUGACAACUCUCCUGCCACUGAGCUAAGACUGGCUGUGCAGGGCUGCACUCAUUGGUUGAGAGUGCUCAGCUGAAGAUGUCAGCAAAUGAAUGUGGCCCUGCAGGGCCAGACUUGGAUUGGUGGGGAUAACUUGGAAGUUUGUUGUAGAAGUUUUGGAGACCCAGGUAAAUAACGUGUACCGUGGAAAUGUGUGCAGUAGCGGUUAUGGUGCUUAGGGUGUUCCUUUAGUUUAGACAUGUGGCAGUGCACGCCCUGCUUUUUCUUUCUAUACUUUAUGCUGAUCUGUUCUAGGGAAUUGUCUGUCUUCUGUGAUGUGUGUGUGUGUGUAACUACCUUUUAGUUGGUUAUUGUAUUGUGCAAAUUUGCAGGACGUAAGAGCUUAUAUUUAGAUUAUUUUAUGUUUUGAAAACAUAUUUGGUAAAUGUAUCUCUUCCAAUUAUUUAACUAAAAUAAUCAUACAUUGUCCAACUUUAAACUACCAGUGGCAUACAUCCUGUUUUCAGAAAUUCCAAAGUAUGCAUUGACUUCUUUCAUUUGAAUAUAUUUGAUAUCAUUUUGGGGAAAGUCCUACAUUUGUGGACUGUUUCAUAAAAAAGCAGAUAAAUAUGGAAGCAAAAUAAUGUUUUUCCAUUACUUUUCUUUUAGCGAAAGAUGAGAAAAGAAGGGCAGAAAAGUUCAUGCAAAGUUUUAAAAACCGAAGGAAGAUAUGAAUUUUAAUAAAACAACUUCAAGGAUACAUAAGAAUUCGCAUGGUUGCUGCACAGUGGCCAAAAAUAUAUAUAUUUUUUCCAUGUACUUUAUUUGAAGAUAUGAAACUGUACAAUAUACAUGCAACUACAUAUGCAUGGUACAAAGGAUAAAAUGCCACUCAGCAAAAUGUACAUAAUUACUUGUUUUGUUUUUUCUUUUUGAUUAAAUUGAUAUACUGUAUGAAUCUGUUGCUUCUUACCCCAGUUGUUUGCUUCUCUGUUUAAAGUGUUACUCUAUCCCUUUUGAGGGGGAAACCUUUCCAAUGUAAUAUGCACUAUGGGGAAGGUCCUCCCUCUCAAUUUCCAGUAAAACCUGCAAAUAAAAGGCUUGAACCUUGAGCACCGGGCAAUUUUGCACCCACCUCUGUAACUGGGCUUGUGCGCAGUACACUCAUAGGCUUCUCAUAGAGAAGCCUGUGAUUGAACAAUAUUGCUGGCUCAGAGCGCAUGCGUGUGCUCUGAGCAGGCAAGGGGAUCGAGCCAAUUGUAAAAAAGUUGUGAUCAAAACGUAAACAAAACCUGGAUUUUGCGCUAUGUCUUCAUCCAUAUUUCAAUUCUUUCACAUUACAUGCACCCACACUUAUUAUAUAUCAUUUUGUUCAAAAGAAAUAGGGCUUUAGUGUCACAUCCAAUAUUUAUAUAUUAAACCAAUUUAAUAUAAAUAAAUGUGAGAAAUUGAGAAAAAAAAAAUUUUUUUUUGUCUGCAUGGCAUCUUAACUGUGAAUGUCAUAAUACUGUUUGCUGUUACUGCAAUAAAGUACACAUAGUUUGUAUUCAGUGAUGUCGUACAAGUAAAACAGUACCCCCCAUGUACAGGUUUUAUGGUGUUUUGGAAAGUUACAGGGUCAAAUAUAGCCUGUUACAUUUCUCAGUAUAUACACAUUGAAAUUUGCAAGAUUGGUUAUGUUGCCUUUGAGACCAUAUGAUAGCCGAGGAAUGAAAAUUACCCCCAUGAUGGCAUACCACUUGCAAAAGUAGCCAACCCAAGGUUUUACAAAUGGAGUCCAGACUUUUUUAGCAGCCACUUAGUCGCAAACACUGGUCAAAGUUAGCGUUCAUAUUUGUUUGUGUGAAAAAUGCAAAAAACUAAAGUGAAUGCUAAUUUUGCAACUCACUAGUCUAAUACUAUCCUUACCUUAUUGUGUCACUUUACCUCACUCCAUCUAGCAUGUAAGCUCAUUGAGCAUGGCCCUCAACCCCUCUGUUCCUGUGUGUCCAUCUUGUCUGGUUACAACUAUAAUGUCCAUUGUAAAGCGCUGUGGAAUUUGGCGCUAUAUAAAUAAAA